AUGCAUUUCUCUAAGUCCUUGACGCUGCUGGCAGCUCUAUCUUCCAGCGCUCUCGCCCGGGUUGAGAGCCAUGGCCGCCGCCACGCCCAUCAUCCUCGCGAUGUUGCGACGGUUACGCUCACUAGCCAACUGACUGUGACUGUUUGCCCUUGUGAAUCGACUACUUUCAGUACCGCAGCCAUCGAGGCAACGACGAGUGAGCCAACAACGACUUCCACCACCGUCUUGGAGUAUACCUCUACGUCUUCUUCCGAGUACACUUCCACUUCUACGCCUGACUCUACCCCAACCACAACUGCCGAGCCCACCACUUCAGUGGUGGCAACGACAUCUACCAGCUCGAUCGUAAGCACCACUUCAUCAGGCGCAUCUGCCGAUUGGACUUCAGUUCCUUCUGAUGGCGUCUUCUCUACCUCUGGCUUUGGUGGCGUCAGUACUCCCUAUAACUUGAGCAGCAACGUCGAUACCUACGUCGGAAAUGUUGGCAUCCCAUACGGCUCCAACAUUCAGGAAGUCUCUGCUUCGGACGUUAGCUCCUACAAAUACGUGGUCCAAUUCACGGGUUCCAACACCGAGGACUGGACCGUCAAGAUUUGGAACAAGAUUGGCCCCGACGGUCAAAUGGACGGUUGGUUCGGCAAAGCCUGCCACAGCUUCACCCUCGCGGCCGGUGAAACCAGGUACUGGGCUUUCGACGAGAACUCCCAGGGUGGCUGGGCUGCCGCCGCGGGAGCUACUAUUCCUGUGAACUGGAGUGGUCAGUACUCCGCUACUUGGGGUGAAUUUGACUUUGGUAACCAGGACAAUAAAUACUGGUCCGGAUACGAUGUCUCCGCCAUUACGGCCAAGGCCAGUGGUGAUCCAGUCCAGGGCAUGCGAAUCUGCGACGCUCUCAACAGCGCCACCAGAUGCUCCAGUAUCUCGUCCGGCGGAAGCACUGUGACCAAUGCCUAUUAUUCGGACACCCAGGCCAACGGCCUCGGUGGAAACCUCUUCCCUGGCGCGGUUCGUCUCUCUGUGGAGAUUGACUGGAGGGGCUAG